AUGAAUGCUGCAAUGAUCAAUAUAAAAAAUAUAAUAUUGUUUUUAAUACUGAAUAGCAAGCAAGCAAACAAAAAUAGUAAAGAAAAUUAAGCAGAAACUAAGAAAGAAAUUUAGUGUAAUUAAAGCAAAAAUAAUUAAUUAAAUACAGAUAAUACUAUGAAAAGCAAUACUACCAAGGAAAAGGCGCCAAAAACAGAAGCAACAAAAACUAAGUUAGACAGAGAACUAAUUAAGAAGCUUCAUAAAAUUUUAAAUAACUUAAUAAAUGAUCCCGAAUCUGGCGAAUUCAGGAAGCCUGUUUACUAUAAAGCUCUUGGAUUAGAAGAUUAUAAAAAGAUUAUAAAGAAGCCAAUGGAUUUAAAUAGUGUUCGCAGAAAUUUGAACAAAAAUUCAUAUGAGUUUCUUGAAGAGGUUCUUGAUGAUAUAUAAUUAGUUUGGAAUAAUUGCAAGUUAUACAACGAGCAAGGAUCAUGGAUUUAUUUAACUGCAGUCAAGCUUGAAACGUUUUUCCAUGACCAAUGUUUAGAGUAAUUCCCAAACACACCUCUGCCUAGCAACAAAAUACCCGAUAGAGCCCUCCUAUUAUAGUAAUAUAACGAGAAGAGCAAUAAACAAAAGUAAUCUCAGUCUAAUAAAGAUUAAACUAAUGAAGAAGAAUAAAAAGGAGCUUCAAACACUUUGCCUCUACCAAAAUUGGCAAAUCAAAGUUCAAAUACAUCAACUUCUAAUCCUUAAACUAUUGCUCAGUCUUUGAUUACAACAUAAUCUGAGUUUAACCAAAAUAAGCAAUCUCAAAAUGGAAAUAAUUCAGCUUAAGCAUCUCUUACUGCAGCUAAUCAAUCAAAGACUACAAAUAUUGAUCUGCCUUUUAAAUUUACUAAAAAAGGUAUAAAAAGAAUAUCAUAAAAAUAAGUUGUUCAUAUACCUUUUAUGAAAUUUGCUAAUGAUAAAUAAAAAUUUGAUUAGCUUAUACAGACUACCAAAGCAGUCUCUAAGCUUUUAACAAACCAACAAAAGCAAAUAAUAGAUAUAAUUCAAGAGUUUUAGCCUUCAAUUAUACAAACAGAUGAAAAUGAAGUUAAAAAUGUUGAUUUUAAUUAAGUGUCAGAGUAUACCUAUGAAUUGAUAACUUCCUAUCUGAAUUUACUUAAAAAUCAAGAAUCAAGUGAAUAAGUAAUGGAAAUAGAAUCUGAUGAUGAAAAUAAUAUUGAGAUACUAAAUAACUAGCAAUCAAACAAUGUAUCUUUAAACGUAUGA